GUCAUUUGCACCUCCAAUCUCCACUAUAAAUUAAGGGGUCGCGGCUCUCAUUCCUUCACAAAGCAAUAUUCAAAGUAUAAUAUCAGUUUCAAAUCCUCUUAUUCAAGAUGCAAAUUUUCGUGAAAACCCUGACUGGAAAGACCAUCACCCUUGAGGUGGAAAGCUCGGAUACUAUCGAUAAUGUGAAAGCUAAGAUUCAAGACAAGGAGGGCAUCCCUCCUGACCAACAAAGACUCAUUUUUGCUGGAAAGCAGCUUGAAGAUGGGCGCACCCUUGCUGACUACAAUAUUCAGAAAGAAUCAACUCUUCACUUGGUUCUGCGAUUGAGGGGUGGUAUGCAGAUCUUUGUCAAGACUCUCACAGGAAAAACUAUAACCUUGGAGGUGGAGAGUUCUGAUACCAUUGACAAUGUUAAAGCCAAAAUUCAGGACAAGGAGGGUAUUCCUCCAGAUCAGCAGAGGUUGAUCUUUGCUGGGAAACAACUUGAGGAUGGCCGCACACUUGCUGAUUAUAAUAUCCAGAAGGAGUCUACACUUCACUUGGUGCUCCGACUCCGUGGUGGCAUGCAGAUUUUCGUGAAGACACUUACUGGAAAGACUAUUACUCUGGAGGUCGAGAGCUCCGACACCAUUGAUAAUGUUAAGGCAAAGAUCCAGGAUAAGGAGGGUAUCCCACCAGACCAGCAGAGGCUCAUCUUUGCCGGCAAGCAGCUCGAGGAUGGCCGCACCCUAGCUGACUACAACAUUCAGAAAGAAUCGACCCUUCAUUUGGUGUUGCGUCUGCGCGGUGGAAUGCAGAUUUUUGUGAAGACCCUCACGGGAAAGACCAUCACUUUGGAGGUUGAGAGCUCCGACACCAUCGAUAACGUCAAGGCAAAGAUCCAGGACAAGGAAGGGAUCCCACCAGAUCAGCAAAGGUUGAUCUUUGCUGGUAAGCAGCUUGAAGAUGGGAGGACUCUUGCUGACUACAACAUCCAGAAGGAGUCUACAUUGCACUUGGUGCUGCGUCUGCGUGGAGGAAUGCAGAUUUUUGUGAAAACCUUGACUGGGAAAACCAUCACCCUGGAAGUUGAGAGCUCGGACACAAUUGAUAAUGUGAAGGCUAAAAUCCAGGAUAAGGAGGGCAUUCCCCCAGACCAGCAGAGGUUGAUCUUUGCUGGGAAGCAAUUGGAGGAUGGACGCACUCUUGCAGAUUACAACAUUCAAAAGGAAUCCACUCUUCACCUUGUCCUCCGUCUCCGUGGUGGCUUUUAAUCUGUUAAUCUUGAUGAAGUGAAUCGUAUUGGGUCUUUUAAUAUUUUGUUUUGUGGUUGUAAUUACUUUUAAUUCCUGAACUUUUAAAUUUCUGUUUGUGUUGUUCUUUUAAGUACUAUUUACUUUAGCUGCAAUAAAUUUUUUUAUUUGCGGUA